AUGCAAACACGAAAAAAGGUUGCUGCAAAAAAUGCAGCUGGUGACCGUGCCAAUCCUAAGACAAGUAGGCCAUCCAGAAGGGCAACUCAAUCUACAGUGGCUGAAAAGAAAGUAACCGAUCUCAUCGCAUCUUCUUCCAAGAAGCAGAGACCUGUUGGUGUCACUUCCAAGAAGCAUUCUAUAGGAGAAAGGAAGCUGUUAGUUUCAUGUGAUACAACUGAUGCUGAAAAUGAUGCACCUCAGGUGGCCCCUUGCAUCCCCCCAGACCUGCAGCACUCUGAUAGUGUUGCAGAUGAUCGUCCCAAUGAUUCCAUAUUCUCUCCAACAUAUCAUCAUCACAAGGAAGGUGGUCUGAAUAACCUAUCUAAAGGCUUAGAAGAACAAGCAACACAUGUUCAUGGUAGUAAGGAAGCUAGCCUAAAAUCUGGGUCAAACCUUUCAUGUGACACUCGUGAUGGGAUAAAUGACCACUCUUGCACACUAAAUUCGCAAUCAGCUGGGCAAAGCACAUUGCUUGAAGUGGAUGAGUACAGUGAACUGGGAAACCUUUCAUCAGAAGUGUCAGCAAUAUAUCUUGCUAUGCAGCAGUCUAAGCUGGAGUGCAUUGAUGAACAGAGUCAAGAUUCUACCUCAACAGAAGGUUAUGGUGAAGCUGAGGAGACUGAAGAGUAUGAUGAUUUUGACCCGUACUCUUUUAUCAAAGAUUUACCUGAUUUAUCUAUGGUGGUCCCCAAGUUUCGCCCUGUUCUCCUUCCAAAGCAGACCCGGAGUUGUCCUACGAUGACUCUUGUACUUGAUCUGGAUGAGACACUUGUGCAUUCAACUCUUGAACACUGUGAGGAUGCUGAUUUCACAUUUCCAGUUCAUUUUAACUUUAGAGAGCACACAAUAUAUGUUCGAUGCCGCCCCUAUCUCAAGGAAUUCUUGGAGAGGGUUGCCAGCAUGUUUGAGACAAUUAUUUUCACUGCUAGUCAAAGCAUUUAUGCGGAGCAACUUCUCAAUGUUCUUGAUCCCAAAAGAAAGUUGUUCCGCCAUCGUGUUUAUCGUGAAUCUUGUGUCUAUGUGGAGGGAAACUACAUGAAGGAUCUGACAGUACUUGGACGUGACUUAACUCGUGUAAUGAUUGUUGAUAAUUCUCCGCAGGCCUUUGGAUUCCAGUUGGACAAUGGCAUUCCUAUAGAAAGCUGGUUUGAUGAUCCCAAUGACACGGAGCUGACGAAGUUGCUCCCGUUCUUAGAAAGCUUGGUCGGCGUUGAAGAUGUCCGGCCUUAUAUAGCAAGGAAGUUCAAUCUAAGGGAGAAGGUAGCCACCGCGUCUUCUGUCGCAAUAGACAUGCAGAUGUGA